AUGGAGGCAUGGUACAUCAAUCCUGAGUUCAACCUGCCCGAUACAGCAAAGAGCAUGCAUGAAAAAGCUGUUGUCUACACCGUACUACGCAAUGUGUUUGAUGAUCUUGAGUUUGGUGAGGCCAAUAGCAUCCAAGCCAACCGAUAUGGUCCAUGUCUACAUAAGUACAAUGGAGCCAAGCAAGUGGAAAUCUUGGAAAUGGCGGGCAAACCCAACAAGGUUAGCUGGGGCAUUGUAGCCAAAGGAAAGCGUCUCAUUAUACCCCGAAACCAGGCAACACAAUAUAUAGUUAACAUGGCAGUUGGUUCGUUCACUGAGCUGGGCAGUUCUACUCCAAACUUUUCAUCACCAAUCGAGCUGAAAUCACCAGUAUGUUAUCAGGAAGCGUGGUGGGGCGUAGCGGUGGGUUGGUGGUUGGGUGGGUUGGAGUUCUCUUGCAUUCAUCUUGAGCAAUCCACAAUGUCUUGA